AUGCAGCCUUCACGUGAUAUAAAAGCAAACUUCGGCAUCCCUCCCCCUUCCACAGCAGCCCCUGGCUCAGACUCGUUCCCCCAGAGCAGUGUCAGGAUGACCCUGGAAGACUCCGACCUCUGGAAAUCCUUCCAUGAAAUCGGAACCGAGAUGAUCAUCACCAAACCUGGCAGACGGAUGUUUCCUCAUUGUAAAAUAAACCUCUCUGGGCUGCUGCCUUAUGCCAAGUACAUCAUGCUAGUGGACCUGGUUCCUGUAGAUGGAUUCAGAUACAAGUGGAACAAGCAUAAGUGGGAGGUGGCCGGUAAAGCAGAGCCUCAGCCCCCCUGCAGGACGUACCUCCACCCAGACUCCCCGGCCCCCGGCAGCCACUGGAUGAAGCAGCCCGUGUCCUUCCUGAAACUCAAACUGACCAACAACACCCUCGACCAGCACGGACACAUUAUUCUGCACUCCAUGCAUUGCUACCAGCCCCGGUUUCACAUUGUGCAAGCCGAUGAUCUUUUCAGUGUCCGCUGGAGCGUCUUCCAGACCUUCAGUUUCUCUGAGACGGCUUUCACUGCCGUCACAGCCUACCAGAAUGGAAAGAUAACCAAACUCAAGAUUGACAAUAACCCUUUCGCUAAAGGAUUCAGGGAGCAAGGAACCAAUACGAAGAGACAGCGUACACUUAGAACUCAGAUGUGCCCUGAAAAGGUGCAGAAGAAACUAAACAAAGACGAUGAAGAGGCAGAACAGCUCCACCCAGAGUUCAGGAGGCCUUACUAUGAGGGCUAUGAGGAUGAUGAAGUAGGAGUGCCCAAACCCAAGGAGGGCUGCCCAGUGAAAGAUGAGAGCUAUUCCCCAUGGGGGGCUGGGCAGGACCCCUCUCACAACAUCCGCACAGAGUCCCCUCUCGGCACAGAGACAAGGGAGAUCUACAACGCAGAGCAGCUAGUCCCAGGCCCUGCCUCCUACCAGCCUUACAGAUUCCACAAUUUCAGUAAGUCUCCCUCCCCUCCCUCCCCUCCUUCCAGCAGCUCUCAAAGUAGUGGCCAGCCCAGCUUCGAAUCCCAGCUCUUGGAUGUGGCUACAGUGCCAGACCAAGAUGUCAAGCCUGCUCCCCUAGAACCUACGUCAUCCUCCUGCCCUCCCUCGCUGCCUUCGGCGCACCACGCCCCCCAGGACUACGCAGGAGUGCUUAACGUGGCAAUAGCGCCACCAGCCACCAAACCUGGAGUCAUCAGCCACCUCUACAAUCCCUACACCGCCGAGCAGGGGCUCGGGCAGUGGAAUGGACCACCCCACAGCCAGUACGGGUCUUCGGGUUACCCCGCCCACCACCUCCCCUCAGAGUACAGCACACAGAGCAUGCCCCACGGGUAUCACCAUGGCAACGUGGCUGACUGGAGCCAGUACCCCCUCUUCUCUUACUCCUGCUGGUAA